CGAGAUAUACAAAAAUGUUGAAUUUUUUAAAGAACCAACAGAAUAGGAAUUACAAUGGGAAAAAAAGUGAGAGUGCCAACGUGGAGGAUUUCACUAUCAUGAAACCGCCGACUGUGGGCAAGUCCGUAUAUUCCGAUUUCACACUGAAUUUAUAUCCCAAUGUCGCCGGCUAUUCAACCAUAACGCAGGAAAGCGAAGCGGCGAAAGAAGGCAAUGGAAAAAAAUUUAACGCUAACAAGAACAAUAUAAAACACAACGGCUUAGUCCAGGUUGUAGGCUUAGAAUCAUCGGCAUUUCGUGGUGGUGCUCAACAUGCUGUUGAUAGAAAGAGAUUAUUUCCCGCCUCUAAGCUUCUGCCACCUCCGCCAAAUGGCAGAGAUAAUUACGCCGAGCAAAUUGGAUAUUACAAGCCUGCCGAUCAUGCCGAUCCUCUCUACGUGCCGCAUAAUCGCAGAUCUUCGAGACGCCAGCGAAGCGUUGACGAAUCAGCAUUGAGCGAGGAGAAGAUCGCCGAUUUUGUUAUUGCGCACGAGAUAAGGAAUCGAUUUAAUUUCACUAUCGAGGACGAUCAAGGAUCAACGGAGCACCGCGAUGUCGAAGGUACGCGGAGGGCGAUAAUGAGACGGAAAAGAAAUCUGGUACUUCGUGAAAAUAGCCAAUCUAUGACGGAAGAUUCUCUUGCACUUGGAGAAGAACUUUUUCUGAGCGAAAGUAAAGAGCACGACGGAUUCCCGAGGAACGAUAACUCGGAAAAUGGAAAGAAUCAUGAAGAUUUGCUCAACGCGUCUCAUAAAAUAGCCAGCGAUGUUAUCGACGAAGAAAUCGAAACUAGAUUCGAAGACAGAGAUCACGAUUCGGUGAAAGAGGAUGAAAAGACGGAGGAAGAACCAGAGUACGAAGAUGAAGACGAAAAUGAGGAUGAGCAAGCCAGACGUGAAGAGCUGGUUGAAAUCGAAGAUCCGGAUCUAGACUACCUGGACGAAAUUCAGGACGUUAACGAGGUCGUGAAUUAUCCCACAACCACUGUUGCCAGUAUUGAUCAUGAGAAAUAUCCCUUCUAUAAAAAUUCCAAAGUGUCGAAUUUGUCUCCGUUGCAGUAUAUCAUAAACCCUAAAGAGGUUCCGAAAAAAACAUUUGGAGGAAUGGAAUUUUAUGACUCCAGAGAUAGGUACGUAGAGUGCGAGGAAGUCGAUCCGAGUCUCGACGAAGUUCUUCCCGAAGAGGAGGAACCCGUACCGAAUAGGGGCCCAAAGGAAAAUUUACCCCGCCUGAGAGGUCUGGGCGAUAAAUUGGACUGCUACAAAGCGAAAUAUUUCGGAGAGAACCCUUUCGACAAUCCCUUAUUUUUCGAGAAGCAGAUCAUUCAACCGACUCGACCAACCGAAUUGGAUCCCAUAAAAUUUGCCGCCCAGAUCGCAGAAUUACCGGAACUAGACGAAAGGCAUCCUGCUCAAUCGAGAAGACCGGAAACGACGACGAUUAAGAGAAUGGACAGUGGCCGAAGGCGAGUGAAGAGCCAAAACCAAGCGAAAGCCACAGGCGUGAAAGCUUCCGUUCAACCGAGGACCAGAAAACGCAACAACGCUAAUAACGCUAAAUUGAUAGAAUCAUUGAAUGAGAAACCGCAGAGAGAUCCGAGAAGAAAUAGGAAACGUAAACCGGAUCAGAUACUUGACCCGGCCACAAUGCAGACGACCGAAACCAAGUCCGUAACACCGUAUGAAAAAGAAGUUUAUGAGGAUGUUAUGGGGACGAUAAAAAAUAUGGCGAGCUUGUACGAAUUCCUUGGAGCGUCAACGGUGCCCCCCUUUACGGAAGUGACGAUUCCAUCACCAAACGCAGGCCACAAUCCGGAUGCAACGAGUCCGAGGAACGUGAAAACAUCGAAUCGCGUUCCGAUGCCGAAUGGAAAAAGAGAGCAGAGUUUUUACUCGAUGGGUGUAACGGCAAGCCCAUCCGACGAGAGUAUCGUCGGUCUACUUCCGCCGCCUCAGCUCGUCAAUAAACCCAAACUUCGGCCAUAUAGAACUACGAAAGUUUCGUACAACACUCGAGUCAGAACCGAGAGGCCGAUGAGGGAUGGCGACCAGAAGAUUAUCGGCUAUUUCAGAACCGUUACGGUCCAUAAACGGAGCCUGGAUAAUCGCCGUGGCAGUUCAGAUGACUCGGAGAUGAAUGCCAGCAAAUAUAACGUGAAAGUACGGGGCAAGCGAAACGGAAAUCCCGGUGAUGUUCUCGCGACAACAGCGAGUCCAAGGCUUAAACGAAAGCGGAAGACCAAUCUUGCUGCCAGUGCAGCUACAACGACGACAACCACAGAAGAGCCUGUUACUCGUAAGAAUAGACCUGCCUACGUUGUCAGGACUAGAUCGAGAAAUUCAAAGGAUGAAACAAGCACCGAAAGGCACGGAGAGUUUAUCACUGCUCAACGAAACUCAGCAGUGAUCGACGGUAGGAGAAAAGAGCCAAGGUACACUGAAAUCGUCAGAAGACGGACUCAAGCAGUGGCUUCUACCACGUCCACACCAAGCUCGGAACAAUUGCCAGAAUCUGAGAAGAUCGAGGCGCUGAAAAAUCCUGAUAGGAUCGGAACUCUCUCGGAACAAGUGGCGAAGCCAGGUGAGAUUCACGAGAGCGUUCAUACAAUGCCUCGAAAGAGGAAAACACGAGUUGGAAGUGCAGAAUCUUCUGACGAGAUCUACGAAGCUGGUACGACAGACCUUGAACCGGAACGAAUAGAGGAAGAUGACGAGAGUACGGAGAAUUAUGAGGAAGAAAACGCUACUGUUGAGCCGGAGAAAAUGGUUAGAAAAUAUGAUGUUCACGAAGAUGUUCAGGAGGAAACGACGCCGAGUGUGAUGGACUUCGCAACACCAACCAAGACCUUCGGGCAUGGGAAUUUGGAUAGUUUUUUCAAAACAGAUGUUCCUCGAUUCGACGAUGGCUUUACCGUUAAGCCAAAAUCGGGCCGAUCAGAGAGCGAGGCGAAGAAUAUUCGAGAUGAGGAAUCUAACGAGGAACAAGUUGUGGAGGAGGAUAAGGAUGAGGACCACGAUGUAGAGCCGAAAAAUGAUUCCUACGAAGAAGAAGAAGAAUCAUCCGACGAAGAGAAUCCUAAAUAUUCCAGUGAUACGCAACCGAAUUCAGACUCCUCGGACGAAAGUGAGGAUGAUUCUGAAAGUGAGGAGAAAAGUUCACCGCAAAAGGAUCCUGAAAUGACUUUUUUCAGAUACAACAAUCGCCCAAGUUCGCCGUUUGAGAGUUUUGAGGAUGAUAAAUUUUCCGAGUUGGGACCUCGCAUUAACAAGCCAGCAUUUUAUCAUCCCCCUUUCCAGGCCAUAAAAGACGAACGAUAUUUUUUCGAUGAUUUUGACGAAGAUGAGAAAGAUCAAGCUGAUAAGAGUUCCGAGAACGGAAAAUUCACGUUCGGAAGGUAUCACGACGAAGAGGACGACGAAGAGGAUGCAGCAGAGGAAGAUCACUCAGGCCAUAGUUCAGAAAGAUACGAAUAUCCUUGGGAGAAACGGGAAAGACUGGCCGAAGAGAGGCGAAAGGAACGCGAUAUGUUGAGGAAAAUGAUAGGCUACAGUCCGAUCUACGACGACGAUGAAUUCGACGAGAAAGAAAGAAAAACUUCGUCUUCAAAAAAUAAUGCAAGAUUCACGUACCCAUGGGAGCGCUACAAAGUACCGAGUAUAAGCUACAAGAAGAAUUCGCGAAGGAAUAAAGGACACGACAACGAGGAAGUGAGCUCAGAAAAUCGGCCAGUUGCUAAAUUCAGCAGUAAAUACAGUUCCAAUCAAUUCAAAUUGCCAUUUUCUAAUAGUGCGCCUAUAACCACCGCCCAGCCUAAGGAAAUAAGAGAAUCGGUGUUGAAGUUUUUGAAGGAAGCCGAUGAAGCAUCUUCAAUUGAGCCCACGGUUGCUUUUGAAACCGAUAUUCCGACCACCGGUGAACCUGCACCUGCAAUUAUUACUCCAAUUCCGACAACCGAAAAGAUGGUAUCGAGUGAACCGCUUCUCGCUGAUUUGAAGAACACCAAACGGUUAUCUAAUCCGAAAAUUAUUCCUGAAAAUAUCACAACGGCGCCAAGAUUAGUUAUUCGUUACAAAGCCACACCUGUCAGGGACCGGCCUACCCUCAGACCAAGUUUAAAAUCUUUCACUGAAGCACCUGCAAUAUCAAAAACACAAACAACAUCAACCUCGACGACGACGACGACACGAAGACCAUUGAAACCGAAAGGUAGAGCCAAUACCACUAGGCGGACACCUCUCUACAGGGCACAAGAACGCCAAAUUACCACGAGUACGGUUCUUCCGAGGGUCCGAUGGACAUCCACGACCACGACCACAACUGAAAAACCUGGAAUAUUAUUACCCAAAACAUCGGGUAGGUUUGUCAUACGGAAACGCGGUAACUCCAAAGAUGCUCCAAACGUGUCUGAGACUCAGAAAGCUGCACAGAAGUCAACGGCAUCAGCGACUGUCUUGUCACGCCGAAGAAAACGACCGACUGUUGGUACUCGUACACCGACCAGAAGUAAUAUGGUCGAAAAAAUCUUGGCUAUAACCAAAAGGCCUUCAACGACUGUUGUCGAAGAUCGUGAUAUUGAAGAUCCCAAACCAACAAGUAGAACCUUUGAGCAUCGCUCACGAGUGUCCAAGGAAGAGAUCAUCACGAAGACGUCCUUCCCGAAUCAGGAUGCCGCCUACGGAACCCAUUCGAAUAAAAAUACGCCCAAAGCAAGUAACUUCGACAGUAACAAUCUCAAGUUAAAGAAGCCUCACACGAGUGCGCCAGACCGUAAAAAAAACUCAUCAGAAGUAACCAACUCGGAAGAUGAUUCUCUGGGAAAGAAUGAAAGCGUCGAAACGUUUUCAGAGACCAUGGAAGAGACUCCGGAACACGUUUACCGGAUGAAAGUAACGCUCGACAAGGAUGGAAAGAAACGGACGUCCAUCUCAAUCGUUCCCAAGGAUGCGACCAUCGGGCCAUCGGCAUUGGAGGACGAGCUCCACCUGAAGAGAGCCAAAAUGGAAGAACUGAAGAGAAAAAAGAAUCAGGGAUACGAAAAAUUUGAUGAGGUGAAAACGCAAAAUGCCGAGUCGGACGCCGAUAUCGAUAGCUCACCAAGGGACGAUAGCAUCGUCAUGGGCCAUUUGCUUCUAAAAAUGCCUCCGCAGUUGGGUCAAAUGAAGGAAAUAGACAACAGAAGGAAAGAAUAUACAAUCACUGAGGAAACUCCGAGUACAGAGUACGAAAAUAGUUCCACUGAAAAGGAAAGGAGCAAACAGAAUGAAGAAGAUGACGAACCCGAGGAGGAAGAGGAGGUGAAACCUUUGACGGUGAACUAUAUAAGGGACCCAAGCCAGCGAAAUUAUUAUUACAUCGAGGAUAAAAAAUGAUUGUAGUUAUAUAUCAGAGCCCGUGUUGUUUUAAACAAAUCUUUAAAGUCCGUGCCUAACACAAUUUUCACAGCGUGACGUGGCCGUAAAAUUUCGCCAUUCGUGGAUGUAAAGAAAAAGACAUAAUUAAUUACUACAGCAGCGGUAGCAAGUAUAAGGUACUAUAUCGAUGUCGUUGCACCUUGAAUAAUUUAAAAUCGAGUCAUUUCAGACUUUGUCAAUCGUUAUGCUAAUCAAAUUAUAAUACAGCUGUUAUUGCGACUCCGUUAUGCAUUUCGUGAUACCCAUUUUGCACGGUUAAGCAAUUGAUAUACCCUAACAAUUAUUCAAUAUCUCUCAAAUAUUCCGCCGUCAAACAAUAUGGUUCUAAAUCCUGCUGUUGACGAGAAAAAAAAUACGGUAAAAAGUUCGAUAAUGAUCAUAUACACGCAGGUAUGGGUUAAUAGUUCUUAUCCACCGCUGACUACCGCUGAUCUAAUCGUCAUGCAACAUAUACUGAGUUCGAGUUUCACCUGUUUUGUACACCAUUCUACUCGUUACCGUUACACGUUUAUUUAUAAUCUUGUACAUAGAGAAUUCUGUUUUGUUAUAAUUAAUAAAAUACGUUACAUAAACAUCA